GGUCCCUUCUAUUAAGCAGCCUUGGACCUUGAGGUUUCUGUUUUAGCCAUGGCUAAACCUCCGUCCUUUGGCUGCUUCUUCUUCCUCUUAUUCUUCUUCUUUUUAUCCUCUUCCUUCGUCGCAUAUGCCAUAUCCGAUUCAGAAGCUGCCUUCCUCGUGCGUCGACAGCUCCUGUCGUUACCUGAAAACAGCGAAGGCGAACUCCCUGAGGAUAUCGAAUACGAGGUCGAUCUCAAGGCUACGUUUGCAAACACAAGGCUUAAAAAGGCUUACAUAGCUCUCCAGGCUUGGAAAAAAGCCAUAUAUUCGGACCCGUUUAACACCACAGCGAACUGGAAUGGCCCCCACGUGUGCGGCUACACCGGUGUGGUCUGUGCGCCGGCUCUCGAUGAUCCCAACGUCACCGUUGUGGCUGGUGUCGACCUCAACGGUGCGGAUAUCGCGGGGCAUUUGCCUGUCGAGCUUGGUCUGAUGACGGAUGUCGCUAUGUUCCAUCUGAACUCGAACCGGUUCUGCGGUAUCAUCCCUAAGAGCUUUGAGAAGAUGAAGCUGAUGCAUGAGUUUGAUGUUAGCAGCAACUGUUUCGUUGGACCUUUCCCCAACGUUAUCCUCUCUUGGCCUGAGGCUAAGUACUUCGACCUUAGGUUUAAUGAUUUUGAAGGUCAAGUCCCUCCUGAGCUUUUCAAGAAAGAGCUGGACGCUAUUUUCUUGAACAACAAUAGAUUCACUUCGGUGAUUCCUGAGACUCUAGGAGAAUCAACUGCCUCUGUUGUGACUUUUGCUAACAAUAAAUUCACCGGAUGUAUCCCUAAGAGUGUCGGAAACAUGAAGAAUCUCAACGAGAUUGUAUUUAUGGACAAUGGUUUGGGAGGUUGUUUCCCGUCCGAAAUUGGAAAGCUGUCGAAUGUGACGGUUUUCGAUGCGAGCAAGAACUCGUUCAUCGGUCGUCUCCCGACUAGCUUUGUCGGGUUAACUGGUGUGGAGGAGCUUGAUAUCUCCGGGAACAAACUUACUGGAUUAGUAGGGGAUGAGAUUUGCAAGUUGCCUAAUUUGGUGAACUUUACUUAUUCAUACAAUUACUUCAAUGGACAAAGUGGUUCGUGUGUUCCUGGUGGUGGUAGGAAAGAGAUUGUGUUGGACGAUACACGUAAUUGUCUGACGGAUAGACCUGACCAACGGUCCGCCCAGGAAUGUGCUGUGGUGAUCAACCGUCCGGUUGAUUGUAGCAAGGACAAGUGCGCUGGUGGUGGUGGUGGCUCCUCUACUCCAUCGAGACCAUCGCCGGUUCAUGAGCCAACGCCGGUUGUUCCAACUCCGGUUGUUGAGAAACCGUCGCCGGUUCCAGCUGUACCGGUUCAAAAGCCACAGCCACCGAAAGAGUCACCGCAAACGGAUGAUCCUUACAAUCAGUCUCCGGUUAAGAACAGACGCAGUCCACCUCCACCUCAUCAGUCCCAGCCUCCGGUGGUUUCCUCUCCUCCACCACUUCCUUCACCACCUCCACCAGUAGUCCACUCUCCACCACCACCGGUUCACUCUCCACCACCGCCUGUCCACUCUCCACCACCACCGGUUCACUCGCCGCCGCCACCUGUGCACUCUCCACCACCACCAGUCUAUUCGCCACCGCCGCCGCCUGUCUACUCUCCACCGCCACCACCCGUAUUUUCCCCACCUCCACCUGUCCACUCACCGCCGCCACCUGUUCAGUCACCGCCGCCACCUGUUCACUCGCCACCUCCACCGGUGUUUUCUCCUCCAGCUCAGCCGCCUAAAUCCAGUUCACCACCACAAACACCAUCGCCGGCGGUCGUUCUUCCACCUCCGUCGCAAUCUCCACCAGUAGUCUACUCUCCUCCGCCAAGACCGCCCCAGAUCAACUCCCCACCAACUCCGGUGGAAGAGAAACAGAUGCCGCCAGCACAAGCACCAGCUCCGGUGGAAGAGGAACAGAUGCCACCGGCACAAGCACCAGCUCCGGUUGAAAAGGAAGAUACGCCUACAGCACAAGCACCAGCUCCGGUAGAAAAGGAACAGACGCCGCCGGCACAAGCACCAGCUCCAGUAGAAGAGAAACAGACGCCGACAUCACAAGCACCAGCUCCGGUUGAAAAGGAACAAGCGCCUCCGGCACAAGCACCAGCUCCGGUGGAAGAGAAACAGACGCCAACGGCACAAGCACCAGCUCCAAGUGAUGAAUUCAUCAUACCACCUUUCAUCGGUCACCAAUAUGCAUCGCCACCACCUCCAAUGUUCGAAGGCUACUAAAUAUCGAUCGAAGAGAGAAGAAUCAACAAUAUAAAAGAAAAGCAACUACAUCGUCUAGGUCUAACACUGUAAAACGAAAGAAAAGAAAAGUUGAGGAAGAAGAAGAUAACUGAAAGGUUAAUCUAUGUAUGAUUAUGAAGCAACUUGUUAUCAGAUGUUUAAAUUUGUAACAGUUACAACUUUUGAUGGUCGAUAAAAGAUUUAUGCUUCUAUGCAAAAAUUGUUGUUUUAAUUAAGCAUCGAUACAUACAGUUGGGUAAACUCGAUCA